CCUUUUCUUUCCCUCAAAUUCCUCAGCAGCCAGGGGCACAACCCCUGAUCAAAGGGACCAAUGGGGCUGCAGACCAGCAAGACAGAAGGCCAAACACUGUGGACUCUGGGUGUCCUGCCACCGGACUGCAGAGAUGUCCAGCGGUUCAUUUCAGGAGCUGUGUGCUCAUGACCGGGACAGGAGACCUGGUACUCCUAGUGGGCCCCGGAGCCAGGACGCUCAGCAGCCGAACAGAGCUGGCAAUGGGGCAGCUGCGGACCAGACUUUACUGGCACAUCAGGGCUCCCUACUGAGGAUGUGAAGCAGCAGAACACGCCAGAACUGCUUUGCCGGCUGCCAGUCCCACUCCACCUGCUAGAAUGUUCCUCAUGAACGCACCUCCUGUGCUUGCUCUCCAGUCGACAUGGGAGCCCUUUUGCCCGCCGGGGACCUUUAGGUUCCCAGGGUGCCUGUCGGAGCCUGCGGAGGGUGUGGGGGGCGCCUCGGUGCACAUGCUUAUCCGUUCGCUGCGCCGAGGCCACCCGGCGGCGGUGGCACUGGCACUGGGCUCGAGCCCUGAGCGUGGCCUGCAGAGACGCCUGCCCAGCACCAACCCCGCUGAGCCCAGGGUGUCCUGCAGUCCUGCCGCUGUGCACCCUGAUCCAGUUCAGGAAGAGGAGGAAGAGGAUGCAGCCCCUGACCCCCCUGCACCUGACUCCGACAGCGAUGACUCAGUGGACCGCGCCAUUGAAGAAGCCAUCCAGGAGUACCUAAAGGCCAAGGGCAGCAGUACCCAGAACCCCAGUGCCACACACACUGACCGCCGGUGCACCCCACAACCACUGCGUGCUGCUCCAACUCCCUCCAGGCCAGCCCAUGGUCCUGGAUGGGGCUGCAAUCCCCCAGGAUCAGCCUCUCCAGGCAGUGCCAGUAGCGAGGAUUCCUUUGAGCAGAGCAUUCGGGCCGAGAUCGAGCAGUUUCUGAGUGAGAAGAAGCAGCUCGAGGUCCCCAAAGGACCCAUCAGUGCAGACAAGAAGACAGAGCCUACAGGAGGGCUGGUGGCCCGCCCAGUACUCAGGGCCAGGAAGGAGCCAGAGCUGACCAUGGCCACAAAGGAGUUUGUCUUCCGGAAGUCCCCCAGGCUGGCAAGGAUUCCCCCCCAACCCAGAAACCUCCGAUCCAAGGCCACCCCUGAAUUGGAGCCAGGUGGCGCCAAGCCGACCACCACCUGCAGCCCUUCUGAGCCAGCCCAAACCAAAGGCGGGCUCAGGAGGGGUGCUGGGCGAAGAAGCAAGCGGGGCCCAAUCUCAGUCCUGGUUCCUGAGGCGCCCGAUUCCAGCAGUGAUGAUGGCAUUGAGGAAGCCAUUCAACUCUACCAGCUGGAGAAGCAAAGGGAGGCAGGCGGGUCCCCCGCGGGCACAGGCCCCACCACCCGGAGCACCUUCCCUGAAAGCCACAAGAAGGCCGCCACAAGCACAAGGAAGCCACCAGCUGGGAAGGUCAUGGAUGUGGGCCCUGCAGCCUCAGAGCCUGGCUUGCCCACACAGCUGGCCCAGGAGGGAAGGUGCGGCCCAUGCUGUGCAGACCCAUCCACAGAGCUGCUGUGUGCUGAGGCUAUCCUGGACAUCUCCAAAGCCAUCCUGCCUGCCGCACCUGACAACAGGGAGCGAAUUGUGGCUGCUGGCCCGCCCUCCCCUCAGCCACCUGUGCCUUGCGGCUCGGACAGUGGCGGGGGCAGCUCGGUAGACAGCGAUGAUAGCAUCGAGCAGGAGAUCCAGGCCUUCCUGGCCCUGAAGGCGCAGGCAGGCGAGUCGCCAGCCCUGACAGAAAGUGGCUCAGCAUCUGGCCAGGCUGAAGACCUCCAGGCCCCACUCCCACAAUCUCUGGCCCUUUCGCUAAGCCGCAAGAGGAGACGUGGAGCCGGCAGCCACGUACCAACACUGACCUCCCCCAAGGAGAGUGCCCAGGAGGCUGGUUUACAGCUGGCAAAAAUGACUGAAAAUCCCGUGAGGGAAAGCACAAGCAGGGGCCACCCCACAUUCCCCAGGACAGUGGGGCCCAUGGACGAGACUGCAGUCCCAAAGACCACAGCCACUGGCCUGUCACUGGGACCCCGAAGGAUGGUCAAGACCAGAGGUGCAGAAGAGAAGGAGAGCUCGGGUGAUAAGAGCAGUUCACUGGACAGCGACGAGGACCUGGACACAGCCAUCAAGGACUUGCUACGUUCCAAGCGGAAGCGCCAGAAGCGGUGGAGGAACCUCCGGGCUGCACCCCGCAUGAAGGCCCAACUUGGCACUGCCCCCAAGCUCUUGCACAGGCUGGGGGGUCUGCGGGGAGCCUGGAAGCACAGAGGCUCUGUACUUUGGAGAAGCUGCUUCCCUAAGUCCAGAAGGGGCCGCGGGACCCUCAGCAGUGUGCCCCUUCGAGGCCAGACCCAGGAGAUGCUGCCAGCCCCAAGAGCCCAGGUAGGGGCCUUUUUUGCAGGUUCCCAGGAGCCGAGGUGCCCGGCUCCCAGCCCCAGCUCAGCGUCUGAUGACAGUUCUGUGGACAGUGAUGACAGCAUCGAGCUGGAGAUCAGGAAGUUCCUGUCUGAAAAGGCUAAGGAAGCCCUGCCAGAGCCAGGCAGUCACCCCUGUCCUGAGCUGUUGUGCCCAAAGGUGCUGGCACUGCCCACCAAGGUAUGCACACGGAGCCAGAGGGGCCGAGGGACUGCCCAGCCAAUAGAGGCAGUGAAGAGCACAGGGUGGGCCAGAGCCACUAGCCCUGCCUGCGCCUUUGCUCUGGCUGGGCAGAGCAACCCCCGAAUAGAUCCUACCUGCCUACCCUCUACACCCACCUGGCACGAGCUGGCACCACCCAGGAGCACAAAGGCCUCACUGAGCAACCGCCGGCACCUCUAUGUUCAUAGAGACCAGAGCCCCCGAGUGGCUGAGCCUGUGGCUGGCGACAGCACUUUGGGGCCACUCCUGGGUUGUGCCGCAGGUGAGAGUCUGGGCCGAGGUCUGGCUGCAGAGAAGGAGCGGGGACCCCCUGGUGGCCUGGCCCUUCCUUGGGCUGACUUCACCCAACAGAGCCGGCUGCAGAGCACAUGGGGUCUGAACCUGGAAGGCAGAGGUGGGGUCUGGAGGGGGACCCUGGGCAGCCAGUGGGAGAAGGGGGUUUUGCCUAGUCCAGUGGCUCUGGACCCCAAGAAAGGCCUGCCCUUUGCCGGCUUCUCCCCUCUGCUCCCCACACAGCUUUUUCACUUUGGGAAGAGUGUUUCCUGGGGAGCCAAGCAAACUGGCCUCUUCAGCAGCCCCCUGAGCAUGCCCUUGCAAGGUCCCUCCUUCUCGGCCUUCCAGGGAGCUCAGGCCGCCCAUGGGCCCAUAUUUGGGACCUCAUCUCUGCUCCUGAAGAAGGAAGGGGGAUGCUGGCCACCCGCAAGGGCUCAGGUUGAGUGUGGCGUGUCCCACAGGAGGCACAUCGGGAGCCUGGAGGAGGGCACCGUGGGCCUGCAGUGUCGGCAGAGGCCAGUGCAGAGGGAUGAGAAGGAACAGGAGGCCCUGGGCAGUGGCGCUAGUGAGCUCAGUGAUAGCUCUGUAGAGGAAGGUGCCAGCCACUUGCUGGCCAGGGGCAAAGAGUUAGAGCUCUGAGGCCAAUAUACCUUGGCCCAGGCACCUCUCCAGAACAUAAUCUCUGUUCCCGUACACAGGACCAGAAGCAUUUUUAUUUAACAUGUGUGUUGGUAAAUAGGAUUUUUUUUUUGGAUAGCAUUUUUGUAAAUUAUUUAAAGUGAUGUACAAAAGUAUUUUUGGGAGAUAGUCGUAGGCUUUUGUAGGGCAUUUCCUGAAGGACCUUGUCUGCUCUGUGCCAGUCUUAGAGUGGCAGACCCAGUGCCCGCCCACACAGUGUCUGACAGGGCUGCCCCAUGGCACACAGAGAACCAGCCUGUAGGGCCUUCUUCCACCUUUACCCCUAUCCCAAAUGCCUCUUUGGGCAGGGAGGCCGGUGUUUCUUCUCGGAGCAGCUUUCUAAUGACACAGCCACAGCCUCCCGGGAAACAUUCCAAAGCACAAUGGCCACAGCAGCCCCAACAGAGGGCAGCGUACCUCGGGGGCCCCUGUGCUGGGCUACACUGCACUAAUAUCCCCAUAAAUCUCGUCUCACAGAGAUGCCACACUCGAUGGCCCCUACGAGCCAAGUCUUCACAUCUGGUUCCUUGGGUGGGUUGGGUGCCGGGUUCUGGGGUCACCUGGACAGACAGGAGUCUCUGGGGAGGCCUGGCCUCCUGGAAGCCCAUAUGGAAGGGCAGCAUGUAAGUCCUGGGGCCUCUGCCCAUGUGCCCAGGCACAUUAGGCCAGCAGUUUGGCAGAAAAGUUCGCUGAGGCCCCACCACAUCACUGUCGGCUUCCCUAAGGGGUCUCCAGUGAUGGUGCCUGAGCUAGGCCAUCAUCAGCACUGAACAGAGGGGUCACUUCCAAGCCAGUGUGUCUCUAUACUCUGGACCCCAGACAGCAGCCCCUGAAGCGUGUCUGUAACCCCCAUGGACGCCUCGGUAUAGGAUCCUAGCCCUCCAAAAGCGCGUCCAACCCGCACAUACCAGACACCAGCUUGUUUUGUAGACAAGAAGCAGUCUUCAAGGCUAAUAAAUCAUGUUCUGCUCACAA